AUGUCGACUGAUGGCAAACCAGCUCAGUUUAUGAUCGUCUGCCACCGCGCCAAGGGGCAUCAGGUCGCACCCCAAAAAGCAUGCAAACCUCAAGCAGCAGCUGUGCCCAAAGCAAAAGCAGUUCCUCCAGCCAAGAAAGCAGAGAGCAGCAGUGAGGACUCCAGUGAUGAUUCAGACUCAGAGGAGGAGAAGAAGCCAGCAAAGAAAGGUGCAAAACCUGUGGUGAAGCCAGCUGGAACCAAAGUCCAGCCUCAGAAGAAAGCAGAGAGUUCCAGUUCAAGCAGCUCAGAUGACGAAGCACCAAAGAAGCAGCCACCAAAAGCAGCAACACCUAAAUUAGGAAGUAAAGCUGCCCAGGCAGCUGCCAAGGUGGUCAAUGGAAAAGCAGCAAGCAGCAGCAGCAGCAGUAGUGAAGAGUCUGAUGAGGAAAAGACUGCACCAAAAAAGGCUGUUCCCAAGAAAUCACCUCUGCCAAAACCUGCAGCCACUCAAGCAUGUCCAGGGAAAAACAAACGUGCCAAGGAAAGUUCCAGUAGUGAGGACUCAUCUGACAGCUCAGAUGAUGAAAAGCCACCCGCAAAACAAAAGCUGAAGCCUGGUCAAUACAGUGCUGUACCACCUCCUCAAGCUAAGCAGACCAAGAAGGGUGUUGUCAAGGCUCCUGCAAAAAAGGCUGAGAGCAGUGAUUCUUCAGACAGCAGUGAUGAGGAAGAGCAAGAGACCCCAAAGGGAGGAGUGGGCAAAAAAGUAGUAGCUAAGACAACCCCUGCCCCCAAAACCAAAGUUAUGACUACCAAGAAGGCUGCAUCCAGUUCUGACAGUGACUCAGAUUCUAGCUCUGAAGACGAUAAGAAGAUGGCAGGGGGUAAGCUGCCGGCUAAACAACCUGUGAUAAAGAAUACUCCCAAACCAGCAAAAGUAGCUGUCAAGCCUGGACAAGCAAAGAAAGACUCCACUUCGUCCUCGGACAGUUCAGAUUCUGAUAGCUCUGCCAAGAAGGCAGCUGUGAAGCCUGCAACUAAAGCAGCAACCCCUGCAACAAAAAAGUUACAAGCUGCCACAAAGAAAGCACAAAGUAGCUCUGACUCAGCCAGCAGCUCCAGCAGCUCUGAGGAUGAGAAGAAGAAUGGCACUCCAGCUAAAUUAGCUGGCAAAGUGGCUAAGCCAGUGUCCAAACCUUCUACCCCAGCUGCCAAAGCAAGUACAUCUGACUCUGAUAGUUCAAGCAGUGAAGAAGAAGAAAAGAAGCCAGCAGUGAAACCAGCCAGCAAAUCUACAGGGGCAGCAAAAGCUACUAUAAGAAAGAAGUCAGCUGCUUCUAGUAGUAGUAGCAGUUCAUCUGAUAGUUCCAGUGAAGAGGAAGAGAAGCCCAAAAAGGCAGGGAAAGGUGCACAGAACACUUCUAAGACCAGUGCCUCCACAGGGAAAGCAAAAGCAUCCAAACCAGCAGCAAACAACCUGAAGUCUAAGCCAGCUGGUGGCAGCAGUAGCAGCAGUGAAAGCAGCUCUGAAGAAGAGACUGGAAAAGUCAAUGGAGGCACAAUUGGGAAAAAACAGAAGAGGGAAGAUGAUGUUCAGGAGCCAGAGACACCUCACAGUAAAAAGGCGAAGAUCAAAGCCAAAACGCCACACACAGUUCCCAAGGUGAAACAGGUGACCUCUCCAUUCCGCCGAGUAAGGGAAGAAGAGAUCGAGGUGGAUGCCCGUGUUGCUGAUAACUCAUUUGAAGCAAAGAAAGGAGCAGCUGGCGACUGGGGUGAGAAGGCUAACAACAUCCUGAAAUUCACUAAAGGCAAAUCUUUCCGCCAUGAGAAGACAAAGAAAAAAAGAGGCAGCUACCGUGGGGGCACUAUAUCGACUCAAGUCAAUUCUGUCAAGUUUGAGAGUGACUGA